AUGUGUACAACAAGUGUGUAUGGAUAUUCUAAAAGUGUCACUACAAAUGGAAAGGAAUUAACUGUGACAAAGACUGAUAAUGUUCCUAUUGGCCAAAGACUGGCUCCUGGUAUAACUAAAAGGUUGAAGAGCAAAAAAGGUCAAGCUAUUGAAUCCUCCAGCACACCCUCCAAAAAUGUCAGGAAAAUAGCUAGUGUUGGUCCCACAAAAAUAUGGAGCAAGGUGGUUACUCCUGUGUCUAAGAAUAAAUCCCUGAAAAGGAAGGAAGAUCCUUCUGAGUCUAGUGAAUCUGACCAUGAUGUCAAACACAAUGUUCAAGACAUCAUUUCUACUUCCAGAAAGCAAGCCUCUGAGAAUAAGAUACCAACUAAUAUCUCUGAAGUUCCAAUUUAUAAGAUUUCAUUUCACUUUGUGGAGAAUGUUGAAAAAUGGAAAUUUGUUUAUCAAAGAAGAUUAGCACUGGAAAGGGAAUUGGGGAAAUAUGCUUUUGAAUGUAAAGAGGUGAUGUGCCUUAUUGAAAAGGCUGGAUUAAUGAAAACGGUAAUUGGUUUUGGCAAGUGCUAUGAGAUGCUUGUCAAAGAAUUUAUUGUGAACAUCUCUAAUGAAUGCGAUAACAAGAGGAGAAAGGAGUUUAGAAAAGUGUAUGUCAGAGGAAGAUAUGUGGAUUUUUCUCCUGAAACAAUCAACCGGUUCUUGGGAAGAAAUGAAGAAGAACAAGCUGAAAUUGAAGUCUCUAACAAUGUCAUGUGCAAACAUAUUAUUGCUAAGCAAGUGAAGGAAUAG